AUGUCGCAAUCAGCAUUCAAAUUCGCCAACUCGAAUGCCAAAGUACCAGGCGAUGGUACCCCGCCUCCAGAAUUCACCAUCGAUGCGCCAGCUUCGACAGACAUCUGGGCCAAACCUCCCUCCACAACUCGUUUCUCAGCCCCAAUUCUGUACCAAUCGAUGCCGCUGAAGUCAUUCAAGCGGGCCCGUGUCGCUUUCAACGCUCUUUGGAAGAAGAAUUAUGACCAAGGAGGCUUGGUAAUUGUCCUCAACGCCGCCGACGGUAGUCAGAAGUGGGUGAAGAGCGGCAUUGAGCUCACCCAUGGGCGACCCCACCUCAGCGCCGUCGCCAAAGACAACUGGGCGGAUUGGAGCUUGCUUCCGGUUCCAUCAGGUGGUGGCGCAGCUACUCUCGAGAUGGUUCGAGAGGAGGACAAUAGUCUGUGGAUCUAUCUGGUUGAGGGUGUGCAGAAGUCGCCUAUCCGUGAGGUCACUUGGGUCUUUGAUCAAGAUGUGAAAGACAUUUGGGUUGGUGUUUAUGCUGCUCGACCUUCGAGUGAGGGUGGUGAACUGCCUGUCAACUUUGGCCAUUUGAUUAUCGAGCAGGCUUGA